GGCGAGCUAGCUGGCUAGCUUCCCUGUCAAGCGAUUUGUACUUGUGACUUUUGAUUUUACAAGAGGCAAGAUUACGGGGGGAGGCUGGCCUGUAAAUCGGUUUCCCCCCUGGAUCUGAAGACAUGGAGUCACCUGCAGAGGCAGAACUUUUGGAGCGCAGGAGGGAACACUGGAAGCUGCUGUCCAGCCUGAAGACCACGGUGGAGGGGCUGCUGUCCACAAACAACCCCAACGUCUGGUCGCGCUAUGGAGGUCUUCAGCGGCUGCACAAAGACAUGAGCGGCAUUCUGAGUCAUGGGCUGAAGAAUGAACAGGUGUUUAACAAGCAGAAGGACUACUGGCGUUUUGUGUGGUGUGUUCGGUACAUCAGCCCCCACCUGGCCGCACAUGUGGAACAGUUCAGCCAGAUGGAGCCGGUGCUGAGCAGUGGUGUGCAGGCGCAGGGCGAGAGCUACAAGGCGGAGCGCUGGCUCCUCCACAGCCUGCAGGGACACCUGCUGUCCGCCCAGCUCAAGCCCCUGCUCAAGCACCACAGCAACACCCGCAAGUACUACAACGAUGAGGCGUUUGUGCUGAGCGAACCCCACGUGUCCGCCAUGUUUCAGUGUCUGGAGGCCGUGGAGCAGAACGACCCACGACUGCUGGCGCUCAUCGACACUGUCAGACUCUCUCACCUGAAGGACCCCCCCUCGCUGGGCCUGCUGAAGAGCCAGAGCUUGUGUCUGCUGCCAGGGGCCAUGGGAGCCUGGCGGACCCCCGAGGCCCAGAACGGGCUGUCGCACCGCAUGACCACCUCCCAGUGUUCCCUCCGGGAGGCGUCUGCUGGCGCGCCACUGGGCCUGGCCGAGAGCACCUCAGGUGCUGUGCGUCGGCAGACGGAUGUGUCCAGUGCAGUUGGCGCUCCGUGGGACUGUGCUGGCGGUGGCCGUUCUGGCGAGCAGCAGCAGCUUCCGUCCUGCUCGGUGGUGCCCCGCAUCUCGGUGACGGACCCCCCGGCCGGGGUGGGGGCGGGGACAGGGACGGGGGCGGGCUCAGGGGCGGCGACGGGGCCGGGUGAUUGGUCGUCGGAGGCGCUGGAGCUGGAUGACGGGCCGGAGUACCUGGCCAUCGGGAACCUGGGGCAGCGCAGCCGGCGCCGCGACUCGCAGGGCUCCACGCGGAGCAGCGAGCGGGCGGAGGGGGGGGGCAGCGGCGAGGGGGGGGGCACCGCCGCGGGCAGCCGUGGCACCGGAGAGCCAGCAGGGGACGGGCUGGGUGUUGCCACGGCAACGCAGCCGCGACGAUGCUCCUUCUCCGAGGGCCAGCGGGGGCCCGGACGCACGCACAGCAGAGGUCACACGAGGUCACACUCGGACACGGGGGUCACGCAGAAGAGGAGGCUUGAGUCGGCUGUUGAUGACCCCUGUGGCAAGAGCUAUGACCCCUUCUCCCCCCACAGCAGUGAGCGCAGCACCCCCAACUCUCUGUACAUGGAGUCCAAUGGCUCCCAGUAUAGCAGUGUCCCAGAUGGCAUGUUUCGGAAGCCGUCGGAAGGCCAGAGUCUCAUCAGCUACCUCUCAGAGCAGGACUUCGGGAGCUGCGCAGACCUGGAGAAGGAGAACGCUCACUUCAGCAUAUCGGAGUCGCUAAUCGCCGCCAUCGAGCUGAUGAAGUGCAACAUGCGGCGGCAGCAGGAGGACGCUGACGAGGAGUGCGACAGCGACAACGAGAUCCAGCAGCUCAAGCAGAAGAUCCGUCUACGCAGGCAGCUGAUCCGUCGCAACCGACUGCCGCCCAACAGCCUCUCGCACCACGCAUUCCAUUCCACAGACAGUGGAGGAUCCUGCCGGAGUUCCCAGGAUUCUGUUCACUUGUCGGACUCUGGUUCUGCUGGGGAGGUGGAGGAAUGUGAGCUAAAAGAUGCCGACAUCAAGAGAAGCGUGACCUCCAGUAGCAGGUCAUUUCUCAGCUCAGAGUCCAUAUCCCCGAGCUUCCUCCAGUCCAACUCUGCGGAGUCCGUGGCCAUGGGGCUCCUGCGCCAGUUUGAGGGCAUGCAGCUCCCCGCAGCCUCAGACCUGGACUGGCUGGUACCAGAACACGACGCUCCUCAGAAGCUCCUCCCCAUUCCCGACUCUCUUCCCAUCUCCCCUGACGACGGCGAGCACGCCGACAUCUACAAGCUGCGGAUACGAGUGCGCGGCAACCUGGAGUGGGCUCCCCCGCGACCGCAGAUCAUUUUCAACAUCCAUCCUGCUCCAAAGAGGAAAGUGGUGGUGGCCAAGCAGAACUACAGAUGUGCUGGAUGUGGAACACGCAUCGAUCCAGAUUACAUCAAGAGGAUGCGCUACUGCGAGUACCUGGGCCGCUACUUCUGCCAGUGUUGCCAUGAGAACGCGCAGGCGGUGGUGCCGGGCCGUGUGCUGCGCAAGUGGGACUUCAGCAAGUACUACGUCAGCAACUUCGCCCGCGACCUGCUGGCCAAGAUCGCAGGGGACCCCCUCUUCAACCCCAACGACAUCAACAGUGGCCUCUACAAGAAAGUCAAAGCACUGGAGACAGUCAGGGUUUUAAGAGUUCAACUGUUCCACAUGAAGAACCUCUUCAAGACCUGUCGUUUGGCCAAAGAUGUGUUAGAUCAGUUUGACUCGGUGGCGGGACACCUGACGGAGGACCUGCACCUGUUCUCGCUGAACGACCUGAGCGUGGUGCGCAGCGGAGAUCUGGCCCCGAGGCUACGCGAGCUGCUGCGCCAAGGCACCGCCCACGUGGCCAGCUGUGUGCUGUGCCAGGCCAAGGGCUUUGUCUGUGAGUUCUGUGGCAACGACAAAGACAUCAUCUUCCCCUUCGAGCUCAACAAGUGCGAGCGCUGCGAAGACUGCAAGGCGUGCUACCACCGCGCCUGCUUCAAGGGGGGCAAGGAGUGCCCACGAUGCCAGCGCCUGGCGGCACGCAGGAAGAGCUUGGCGCAGCGGAACAUGGAGGAGCAGGAGGACCUGGAGGAGGACCAGGGCGGAGGAGGGAGCUGAGUCGCCGUGGAAACGGGCGCAGGAGGGAGCGCGUGGACAGAGAAGAGUACAAACUCAGCCUCUCUCUCUCUCUCUCUCUCUCUGGACUCUCUCUAUCUCUCUAUCUCUGACCCAGCCUUUCUCUCUAUCUCUGGACUCUCUAUCUCUGACCCAGCCUUUCUCUCUCUCUCUCUCUCUCUCUCUCUCUAUCUCCAUCUCUCUCUAUCUCUGACCCAGCCUCUCUCUCUCUCUCUCUCUCUCUCUCUCUCUCUCUCUCUCUCUCUCUCUCUCUUCGGUCUCUUCCUCUGAAACGGACUACGGAUGUCCAAUGAAGUGGCUUACUGGGCGAUUAUGCCAGAAUCUGAUGAAUGUCAACUUCACUUUACAACCUUUGUUGUUUUCUUUCAUUUUUAUGUAUUUGAGAUGUAAUAUAAUAAGCGUGUUUAAAUAUGUUUUUUAUGGCUUGUAAAUUCAAGGGUGAAAAUGUUCUGCCUCAUUGAUUUAAGUUGAUUUUUUUUUGUUUGUUUUAAUUUUGACGGUUUAAAAGCAAAAAACCCACUAAAAGCACUGAGAAUCCUGUUAUUAUAUUGUUCUUGUCAUAAAAACAUCUCCGUAUGUGUUCAUAGGAAUAUUAAUCACAGAAAUGUCUGCCUCCUCAGUUCUGUGCUCCAGUGUUUCUCAGCUGCAGGGCUUCAAGUUUUGGAAGGACACUUGAAACAAAAACAAAAGUUUCAUGUUUGAUUAUAUUCCUAGCUAUUCUUGAGCAAUAUCAAGAUACUGGUCUGACCGUUCUUGUUGCAGGCUUUUUUUGCCUGUGCGUGUGUGUGCGUGAGUGUGUGUGCAUGCGAAUAUGUAAAUGCUUAAAGUCUGUGUGCACCAGUUGAAGUGGCCACACACACGCCAGUCUAAUUCCUACUUGUGCGCUAAAACAGUGGCGCUGUGGUUGGGGUGCUGCGGUGUUUCACUGCACUGGUAGUUGGUUAAGAGUGCUGGCUUCUGUUCCACUGGUAGUUGGUUAAGAGUGCUGGCUUCUGUUCCACUGGUAGUUGGUUAAGAGUGCUGGCUUCUGUUCCACUGGUAGUUGGUUAAGAGUGCUGGCUUCUGUUCCACUGGUACAGUAUGUGUCUGCGCUUCUGUUCCACUGGUACAGUAUGUCUCUGCGCUUCUGGAUCAGUUCCACCUGUUACAGUCGUGGAUGCAGUAUCCCUGAAACUGAUAUCUUUUCAUUUGUCUUGCUGUUCAGGCCAGAGUCUGUGAGUAGACUUCAAGGCAUCCAGUUUGGAGCGGAACAGUCUGACAAACCUUUUUUGCUUUUUCCUGAUGUGAUCCUGCGAUUUGAAACUAAAGAACUGCAUGUUGUGUUCAGCAGGAGCUCAGCAGUGCUGUGUGCUGCCUGAUGCUUCACCAGCCUUAAGCCAGCUACCUGCAGCCUGCUUCUAAAGGGGCACUGGGUACUGCGUUACUCCAGCAUUGUUCUACAGACAGUAUCUCACUAUGGUAGCGGGUUAGACAGGGUCCGCUCCAGAAUCCACUGGUGUGUGCUUCGGAGAACCAUCUCCCAUGCUGUGGUGCCACAUUACCCCCUACAGGUGGAGACCAGCAAUAACAACAUGCUUUCCCGCCCCCCCCCCCCCCCCCCCCCCCCAUUGCCAACUGUUGAAAGCCCUUAUUUGCACUGACACUGGCUGAUGUGACAGGGUGUGUGUGUGUGAGAGAGAGAGAGAGAGAGAGUGUGUGAGUGACACAAGAGUGAGCAGGUGUGUGUGUGUAUGUGUGUGUGUGUAUGAGGAAGAGAGACACACACACAGGGUGAUGUGACAUGGGCUAAGAGUUACCGUGUGAGUGUGUGUGUAUGAGAGAGAGAGAGAGAGAGACAUACACACACAGGGUGAUGUGACAUGGGCUAAGAGUUACCGUGUGAGUGUGUGUGUGUGUGUGUGUGUGUGUAUGAGAGAAAGAGAGAGAGAGAGGGAGACAUACACACACAGGGUGAUGUGACAUGGGCUAAGAGUGAGCAGGUGUGUGUGAGUGUGUGUGAGAGGCUGCUUAUGACUUGUGUUGAUAUUUUAUGGUGGCUGUUGUCCAUUUUAAAGCCUGCUGCCGCCUCCCCAGUUGCGUGGGGUGAUUCUUGUUAACUGCCUUUUUUAUGUAGAGGCCUAUUGUAAGAUUAAGUGCACUACUGAGAAAGAUGUGUUUUAAUAUUAAUAUUAUUAAAUAAUAUUGUUGGACAAUAAAAUACUGAUUUGACUGUU